AUGGCCCCCGAAAACGAAAAGUCCGUCAGCGAGAAGCCGGUGGUCGAAAAGGCCCCCAGCAACGGCGGCCACUCUUCCGAUAGAGCCUCCUCCAACGGCGAGUCGACAGAGGUGGAUGCGCCUGGCCAGCCCAAGACCAAGUCCGUCGCUCUCGAGAAGGCCGACUCCAAGGUCGUCGCGCCCAAAGAACCGAACGAUGACCCCUACAAGCACCUCCCCGAGCACGAGGCCUCGAUCCUCAAGCGCCAGGUCACCACGCCCGAGAUCAAGGCCGGCAUGCUCACCCUGUACCGCUACUCUUCCACGAACGACCUCAUUAUCCUCGCCGUUUCGUCCUUCAUGUCCAUCGCCGUGGGCGCCGCCCUGCCGCUCAUGACCGUCAUUUUCGGAAACCUGCAGGGCACCUUCCAGAACUACUUCAACGAAUUCCCGCCCACCGACGACGCCAAGAGCACAUUCAAGAGCGAGAUGGCCCAUUUGGUUCUGUACUUUGUCUACCUCGCCAUUGGUGUGUUCGUGGCGCAGUAUGUCACCACCGUUGGCUUCAUUUACACGGGAGAGCACAUUAGCGCCAAGAUUCGCGAGCAUUAUCUCGAGAGCUGCAUGCGUCAGAACAUUGGCUUCUUCGACAAGCUGGGCGCUGGAGAGGUCACGACUCGAAUUACCGCCGACACGAACCUGAUCCAGGACGGUAUUUCCGAAAAGGUCGGCCUGACCUUGGCCGCAAUUGCGACCUUUAUUUCGGCCUUUGUCAUUGGUUUCGUCCACUACUGGAAGCUCACGCUCAUUCUGCUGUCCACCGUUGUGGCGCUGCUUCUAAGCAUGGGAGGUGCUUCAUCCUUUAUUGUCAAGUACAGCAAGCAGUCGAUCGAGUCCUACGCCCACGGAGGCAGUCUUGCCGACGAGGUCAUCAGCUCCAUUCGCAACGCCGUGGCCUUUGGCACCCAGGACCGCCUGGCGAAGCAGUACGACGAGCAUCUCACCAAGGCCGAGUUUUACGGCUACAAGGUCAAGGCCACGAUCGGUGUCAUGGUUGCUCUCAUGAUGACCAUUCUGUACCUCAACUACGGUUUGGCUUUCUGGCAGGGAAGCAAGUUUCUCAUCGACGACGGCAUCAAGCUGUCCAACAUCCUGAUUAUCAUGAUGUCCAUUAUGAUCGGUGCCUUCAACCUUGGAAACGUCGCCCCCAACGUCCAGGCCUUCACCACCGCCAUCGCUGCGGCUGCCAAGAUCUACAACACCAUCGACCGUGUUUCUCCCCUGGACCCGUCCAGCGAUGCCGGCGAGAAGAUUGAGAAGCUUGAGGGUACGAUUCGCCUCGAGAACAUCAAGCACAUCUACCCGUCCCGCCCCGAGGUCACUGUUAUGGAGGAUGUUACCCUCACCAUUCCUGCCGGAAAGACCACAGCUCUUGUCGGUGCGUCUGGUUCCGGAAAGAGUACCAUCGUCGGUCUCGUCGAGCGCUUCUACGACCCCGUCCGCGGAAAGGUGUUCCUCGACGGCCACGAUAUCAGCACCCUGAACCUGCGUUGGCUGCGUCAGCAGAUGGCUCUUGUCAGCCAGGAGCCCACUCUCUUCGGCACCACCAUCUACCAGAACAUCAGGUACGGACUGAUCGGCACCAAGCACGAGAACGCCGGCGAGGCGGAGCAACGCCAGUUGAUCGAGAACGCCGCCAAGAUGGCCAAUGCCCACGACUUCAUCACAGGUCUUCCCGAGGGUUACGAGACCAACGUCGGUGAGCGCGGUUUCCUGCUCUCUGGCGGCCAGAAGCAGCGUAUCGCCAUCGCCAGAGCCGUCGUGUCUGACCCCAAGAUUCUCCUUCUCGAUGAGGCAACCUCCGCUCUUGACACCAAGUCUGAGGGUGUGGUCCAGGCAGCUCUCGAGGUCGCCUCCGAGGGCCGCACCACCAUCACGAUUGCCCACCGUCUGUCAACCAUCAAGGAUGCCCACAACAUUGUCGUCAUGUCCAACGGAAGAAUCGUCGAGCAGGGAACCCACGACGAGCUUCUCGAGAAGCAGGGAGCCUACUACAACCUCGUCAGCGCCCAGAACAUCGCCCGCGUCAACGAGAUGGAUGCUGAGGAGGAAGCCGCCAUUGAUGCUGAAGACGACGAGCUCAUCCGCAAGAAGUCCCGCGUUUCCGAGAAGGGCGAUUUCGUUCCCGACCCCGAGGACAACAUUGCCGCCAAGCUCGCGCGUACCUCCACCACCAAGUCCCUCUCCAGCAUUGCUCUUCAGGGCAAGAAGGAAGACGGCGAGGUCAAGUACGGCCUCUGGACUCUGAUCAAGCUCAUCGGCUCGUUCAACAAGCAGGAAUGGCACCUGAUGCUCGUCGGUCUCUUCUUCUCCAUCAUCUGCGGUGGUGGUAACCCCACCCAGGCCGUCUUCUUCGCCAAGCAGAUCAUGACCCUCUCGGUCCCUGUCACCCCCGAAAACGCUCACCAGAUGAAGAAGGAUUCCGACUUUUGGAGCGCCAUGUACCUUAUGCUCGCUGGUGUUCAGUUCAUCGCGUUCGUCAUCCAGGGUGUCCUGUUCGCCAAGUGCUCCGAGAGGCUGGUUCACCGCGUCAGAGAUCGGGCUUUCCGCACGAUGCUUCGCCAGGACGUUUCCUUCUUUGACAAGGACGAGAACACCGCCGGUGCGCUCACCUCCUUCCUCUCGACUGAGACGACACAUCUUGCCGGACUCAGCGGUGUCACUCUCGGCACGUUGCUCAUGGUGUCUACCACUCUGAUUGCUGCUCUGGCUCUCGCCAUCGCCAUCGGGUGGAAGCUAGCGUUGGUCUGCACAGCGACGAUUCCCAUCCUCAUCGGCUGUGGUUUCUUCCGUUUCUGGAUGCUCGCGCAUUUCCAGCGCCGCUCAAAGACCGCCUACUCCAACUCUGCCAGCUACGCGUCCGAGGCCAUCUCGGCCAUCCGCACUGUCGCCUCGCUCACUCGCGAGAAGGACGUCAUCCGCCAGUACCAGGCUUCGUUGGCUGUUCAGCAGCGCGCAAGUUUGAUGUCCAUCCUCAAGUCCAGCUUGCUCUUCGCCGCCUCGCAGUCCUUCAUGUUCCUGGCCUUCGCCCUCGGUUUCUGGUAUGGCGGUACUCUCAUCGCCGACCUCGAGUACAACAUGUUCCAGUUCUUUGUGUGUUUCUCGGCCGUCAUCUUCGGCGCCCAGUCUGCCGGCUCCAUCUUCUCCUUUGCUCCCGACAUGGGCAAGGCGCACCAGGCUGCCAACGAGCUGAAGAUCCUCUUUGACCGCAAGCCCACCAUCGACACCUGGUCCGAGGACGGCGCCGCCCUCGACUCCGUCGACGGCACGAUCGAGUUCCGCGACGUCCACUUCCGCUACCCCACCCGCCCCGAGCAGCCCGUCCUCCGCGGGCUGAACCUGUCGAUCCACCCCGGACAGUACGUCGCUCUCGUCGGCGCGUCCGGCUGCGGAAAGUCGACCACCAUCGCCCUGCUCGAGCGCUUCUACGACCCCCUGUCCGGCGGCAUCUACAUCGACGGCAAGGAGAUCAGCUCCCUCAACGUCAACCAGUACCGCUCCUUCAUCGCCCUCGUCAGCCAGGAGCCUACCCUCUACCAGGGCACGAUCAAGGAGAACAUCCUGCUCGGCGCCGCGUCCGAGGUCACCGACGCGGCCAUCGAGCACGCCUGCCGCGAGGCCAACAUCUACGACUUCAUCGUCUCGCUGCCCGAGGGCUUCAACACCGUCGUCGGCAGCAAGGGCGCCCUCCUGUCUGGUGGCCAGAAGCAGCGCAUCGCCAUCGCCCGCGCGCUCAUCCGUGACCCCAAGAUCCUACUCCUCGACGAGGCCACGUCGGCGCUCGACUCCGAAUCGGAGCACGUCGUGCAGGCCGCCCUCGACAAGGCCGCCAAGGGCCGCACGACCAUCGCCGUCGCCCACCGUCUGAGCACUAUCCAGAAGGCCGACAUCAUCUACGUGUUCGACCAGGGCCGCAUCGUCGAGCAGGGCACCCACGCCGAGCUGAUGAAGAAGAACGGCCGCUACGCCGAGCUGGUCAACCUCCAGUCCCUGGAGAAGAACCGGUGA